AUGAGCUCGGCGGGCAUUCUAUCGUCGAUAACGGCCUAUCUGACAUUGCCUUUCCGCUUCGUAGGCUACGAGUGGAAUCGCUCCUCGCCGCUGCGCUCGUCCCCGGACACAGCGUCCCCCAUGUACCCCGAACGGCCCAUCCGCCCUCUCCCCAAGCGGCGCCUGCGCGAUCGCAUGUCGCCUGAACAGGCCGACACCAUCAUAUACCCGCCGAACCCACCCUCGACAGGUCCGCUUUUCAACUUUCCCUACUCAACCGGCGAGAGGAGCAGGACGUUGAACAGGGAGGGCGCGAGCGACCACCAUACCUGUCACUGCGGGCAUAAUCAUUCCGAGGUGGAGAGCGACGAGGAGGACGAGGGCUUCACAGACGAGCACGGUCUGCCUCUACCCUCAUCUCCGAGCUACCACUACAGCCGGAAUCUGCCUGGCAGACCACUGGCGGGCGCGGUGGGCGCAUAUCACAAGCCCGGGUCAACAUCGUCUUCGGUGGACGGCUACGAGUCUUUUGAGAAUACGAACAACAAGAAGAAGCGGAAAAUCCCAAAUAUGGGCGGUGUCAGCACGCACCCCACGAGCCUAUCAGCAGAGAUGGCUAGCAUGGGCAUAUCGCAUCCCGAUGAGCUCGCUGGUCUAGAUGGCAGGGAUGGGUCUGCAAAUUACUACACAUCGGCACCGUCAACACCGCAGCAUAACAAUGCAGGCGCAGGCAUCUCGGGCGCAGGCAGAGGGCGGUUUGGACGUACAUCAUCUGGACGGUCAGAGCGGCGUGUUUUGCAUAACUCGACAAACAUCGCCAACGCCAAAGCGAGCAGCAAACGUAUGGUUUUCACCUGGGAAAUUGCGACUAUUACAAGGCGUAUCAUCUCAACCGCCAUCGCCAACGCACAAGCGACGCCACCGCACGCCGGCAAUGAGAACGUGAGCUUGCUACACCAGGAGGCGGCCAAGCCUAGCGCGAAUAAGACACAGUUUACCUUCACUUGCGGCUCUGAUUCGGCCAAAAAUAUGGUCUGGCCAGGUCAGGAGAACGGAUAUCCUCAACCUCCCGGCGCGUAUCCUACAUCGGCAGGAGCACCCCCACCCGGAAGCGGGCCUCGGGCACGACCCCCGGUUCGCCCUGAUAAUCCCGCCGUCAGCAACCAAGGCACGCAGACAAGUCCUAGCAUGAACGGCACGGGCCGCCAGUCCAGGAACGCUCCCACUACUGGUGGAGCUCCAAACCAGCAAGCACCGGCACCGCGAAAGCCUCGCCGAAGCGCCGCGAAGCUAUACGCCUACGCUGCUCGAAAACGUCGAAUCGAACAAGAAUACCAAAACUUUCACAACCCACCUGAUCCUGCGUGGAUCUGUGAAUUCUGCGAAUACGAGGAUAUCUUUGGCAGACCUCCAGUGGCUCUCAUCAGGCAGUACGAGAUAAAGGACCGGAAGGAACGGCAACGUUUGGCCGAGAAGCGCAGAUUGCUGGAAAAGGCUAGGAUGAAGGGUCGUAAGGGCAAGAAGGUCAACAAGAAGGCGCAGAAUAACGCCAACAACGCCCAGAAUCAUCAAAAUCCUCCACCUGGUGACUACGACCGGCGUCCGGAGAACGAGCCAUUAGACGGCCAGGAUGAGGACUACUACGACGAGGAGUAUGACGACAGCCCAGCCAACACUGCUGUGCAGCCUCGUCGCUGCGAUCACCCUGGCUGUCAUCAUCACCACCAUCAUGCGCCAGUCAUGCCUCCCGGCGAUACACGCGGCAGAGAGCCCAGUAGGGCCUAG